AUGGAUAAAUUGCUGUCACGGAGAUGUUUUGCAGUAUCACUACACGAAAGCGUCGGUUGUGCCAGGGAGUUUGGUAGGAUCGCCUUCGUUCUCUGUCUCAGACCUAGAGUGUUCCACUUCAUGUUCAACACACAACUUGAGUCCUUUACGUUUAACACAAAAACAGGGGAGUGUCGGAUGUACCGUGUUUUGUUACAAGGAAACAUUUCAACAGUACCGGACUUGGAGCAUUACAUACUUGAGGAGACAGGAAAUUGUCUGAGUCUUCACGACGCCGGCUUGACAUCAGACGGGAUCUACGAGAUCAGACCGGACGGUGUGACGUCAGUCAAUGUGUCAUGUGACAUGACCGAGGGAGGAUGGACUAUUUUUCAACAGCGGUUCAAAGGGGAUGUAAACUUUCGGAAUGCCACUUGGAACCAAUCAGCGGAAGGGUUUGGAGAUCCAAAGGGAGACUACUGGCUUGGACUUACACAAAUUAACACUGUGACUCAGAGGUAUGUGACAGAAAUUAACAACACUGUGAAUCAGAGGUAUGCGACAGAAAUUAACACUGUGACUCAGAGGUAUGUGACAGAAAUUAACAACACUGUGAAUCAGAGGUAUGUGACAGAAAUUAACACUGUGACUCAGAGGUAUGUGAUAGAAAUUAACAACAAUGUGAAUCAGAGGUAUGUGACAGAAAUAAAAACUGUGACUCAGAGGUAUGUGACAGAAAUUAACAAUGACUCCAAGAAAUUAACACUGAGACUUAGAGACUGUUUAAGUCUUGACGACACCGGCUUGACAUCAGACGGGAUCUACGAGAUCAGACCAGACGGAGUGACCUCAGUCAGCGUGGCAUGUGACAUGAAAGAAGAAGGAUGGACUGUUUUUCAACAGCGGUUUAAAGGGGAUGUAAACUAG